CUUGAGAGUACGCCACUGUCCGAUGCCGGUCUAGAGCAGUCUAGAGUGUUUCUGAAUGAUUCAGUAAAAAAAUAAAUGUAGCAGCUUACGCAUUAUUUAUUUGAGUUUAAUUAGAUACUGAGCCCUUCUAAGAGAAGAUCAAAGAAUUUAAAAGACAUGGCUUCUGAAGAUAUUGUUCCUUUCUUGUCAAUUCAGAGCGACUGGAACAAGUGUCUCAGAGGACGUGAUAAGGAAGCUUGGAUAUCCUACAAGUAUAGAGAUCAAGCCAGUGUUACAGGAAAACUUAAACUACUUGAUGGAAAGAUAUCAUGUUCUGAGGGGUUUGAAAUACUAGCAUAUCAUGGAGAUUCAGUUACAUUGAAACAUAUAGCUUCAGGGGUAAUCACUGCAUUUCAUGCUCCAGUAAUUACUUUUACGGUACAUGAUAAAGCGUGUACUAGUAUCGAUGUAUCUCAUGGAGGACUUGGUGUAUCGGCUGGAUCUCAGGGAGAUCUAUUUAUAUGGGAAACGGAGAGAGGUGUCAUAAGAUGUACUCUAAAAGGACACAUUGGUGAUAUAUACAGGUGUAAAUUCUUCCCUUCGGGUGUAGUUGUCCUCGCAGGAGGAGCAGAUUGGAGAACAAGAAUAUGGUGUGCCAUGACUGGACAAUGUCCUGUUACUCUUGGAGAACACACAGGUCCUGUGACAGAUCUUGCUAUUAUUGAUAGAGGCAAAAAUAUUAUCACCACAUCAAAAGAUGGUACAGCUCGAUUAUGGAAUGUUGGAGAAUCUCUAUGCCUCGGUAUCCUGUGUAAAUUAGAAAACACCAGUAUUACCUGCUGCGUCCUAACUUCGUCUAAUCGGUUGGUCUUGCCACCAACUAAAAUGGAAUAUUCAGAAAAAGAAGUUGGAACCGAAGAUAAGAUUCUUGCAAUUGGUGGUGACGAUGGCUUGUUGCUGUUAAUUGGUGUAAGGGCAAGAGCAGAAUUAUCCAGGAGGACCUUGGAUUCUCCUGUAACAGCCGUAGCAUUGAUUAAUAAUGAAAUUAUAGCAGUGGGCUUGGACAAUGGAGAGAUUCACUUAAUAAGCAUUUUGGAUUCGAAAUUGACAUCGAUCAAGAUCAUUCAUGAAAGUAACAGCCCAAUAAAAUCCUUGGUAACAGUAAGAGAACAAGUGUUACUAGCAGGACUAGGGGAUGGUUCAUGUGUGGGGUACGAAGUACAAUUUCUCCAUCAUAAUACUGCUUCAGUACCUCGUCUUCAAUUGACAGGAUCAAACUUCGAUCCAAUUUAUGGAAUAGCUUGGGAUGGUAAAAGUUUUGUUUUUACAGCAUCCAGAGAUGGUAAUAUUAGAAAAUACAAAAUUGAGAAUCCAAAAGAAUCGUUGAUGAAAUAAAAAUAGCUUUUAUGAAUAUAAUAUAUUCAAAUUUAUGGAUUACUU